UACUCCUGCUGCCAUGCUACCAGCCAUGGCGACCUCCCAUCACCUAAAGCUCAUCUCGCUCGCCCUCCUGCUAGCCUUGUUUUCCCGGGCCAUGGCGGCACCACCUCCAACCCUCCUGGAAGAACAGUCAGGAGCACUCCUCGCCUGGAAAGCCACCAUACAAAGCCCCCCAGCCCAGCUCCGGUCCUGGGGAAACACCACAACACGGCCAUGCGGCUGGUACGGCAUCAAGUGCGGCAAGCAUCCAGCUGUGAGGCACCAGGAGGUGGUGAUCACCGAGAUCACUCUUCGGGGGUUGCGGCUGAGAGCGAGGCUGGAGGACCUCAACUUCACGGCGCUGCAUACUCUCACGAGUAUCCGCCUACCCUACAAUCAGAUAAGCGGCCCCUUUCCACCCGCUUUAGCAUCAUCCCUGCCAAACCUGCGGCACCUGAUGCUUCAGGGCAAUAACAUCUCUGGUGAAAUACCGAGGCAAAUAGGAAGACUAGAGAGUCUAGUGGGUCUGAGCUUGUCAAACAACCACCUGUCCGGUCCCAUACCCAAUGAAGUAGGCUACCUAAAGAAGAUGACCAUGUUAGAUUUUUCCAGCAACAACCUCACAGGCCCCGUUCCAAUAAAUCUAGGAAGUUGCACUAAACCCACUAUCUUGUACCUUCAUGGUAACCAGUUAUCUGGAUUACUUCCUCGAGAACUAGGUUACCUAGUGAAAUUGCAAGAAUUAGCUCUUAGCAGAAACAAACUCAUGGGCUCCAUCCCCGAUACCUUUGGGAGUUUAACUAGCCUCACUGGAUUGUACCUAUGGGACAAUCAACUUUCCGGUUGUAUUCCUCGAGAGCUAGGUUCCCUUGUGAGUCUAGACAAAUUGGAGCUUAGCGGAAACAAACUCAUGGGUUCCAUCCCCAAUACGUUUGGAAAUUUGACAAAUCUCACUACCUUGUACCUAUUUGAUAACCAACUCUCUGGACAUGUUCCUCGAGAGCUAGGUUCCCUUGUGAGUCUAGAAGACUUGGAACUUUCCAACAACACACUCAUGGGCCCCAUCCCCAAUACGUUUGGAAAUUUGACAAAUCUCACUACCUUGUACCUAUUUGAUAACCAACUCUCUGGACAUGUUCCUCGAGAACUAGGUUCCCUCGUAAGUCUAGACAAAUUGGAUCUUAGCAAAAACAAACUCAUGGGCCCCAUCCCUAAUACCUUUGAAAAUUUAACCGAGCUCAGUACCUUGUACCUCUUUGAUAACCAACUCUCCGGACAUGUUCCUCGAGAACUAGGUUCCCUUGUGAGUCUAGAAGACUUGGAACUUUUCAACAACACACUCAUGGGCCCCAUCCCCAAUACGUUUGGAAAUUUGACAAAUCUCACUACCUUGAAUCUAUAUGAUAACCAACUCUCCGGACAUGUUCCUCAUGAACUAGGUUCCCUGGUGAAUCUAAGGGAUUUGAGCCUUAGCACAAACAAACUGACUGGUUCCAUCCCCAAUACCUUUGGAAAUUUGACCAGGCUCACUACCUUGUACCUCGACAAUAAUCAGUUUUGCGGACAUGUUCCAGAGGAAAUUGGCACCUUAAUGGAUCUCAAAUAUCUACAACUUAAUGGCAACAAUCUCUCUGGUCCAUUGCCACCUGAGUUGUGCGCUGGAGGCAUGCUCGAGAGAUUAAUCGCAUUUGACAACAAUCUCACCGGACCUCUGCCAUCAAGUUUAGUAAAUUGCAAAAGCCUAGUUAGAGUUCGUCUUGAAAGCAAUAAAAUUGAAGGAGAUAUUUCUGAGAUGGGAGUUUAUCCAAAUCUGGUCUACAUAGAUAUGAGCUCAAAUAAAUUGUUUGGUCAAUUAUCUUAUCACUGGGGAGGAUGUCAUAAUCUUACAAUGCUAAGAAUCUCAAACAACAACCUUGCCGGGGAAAUACCGACAAGUUUGGGGCAACUAUCUGGACUAAGGAUACUUGAUCUUUCGUCAAACAAGCUUGAAGGAGAGAUUCCAAGUGCACUAGGCAAUCUAAGAGAAUUGUUCAACCUGAGCCUCGCGGUCAAUUUGUUCCAUGGUAGCAUUCCACGGGAAAUUGGUGCAAUGUCGAGUUUGGAAUUACUGGAUUUAUCAUCAAAUAACCUUAAUGGUUUGGCGCAAGACUCAAUCAAGAAUUGUUUGAGGCUUCGCCUUUUGAAGUUGAAUAACAAUAACUUCAAAGGAAACAUCCCCGCCGAGCUAGGCUUAUUGCGCAACCUACAUGACCUAUUGGAUUUAAGUGAAAAUUCAUUUACUGGGGUAAUACCAAGCCAACUUAGUGGUUUGGUCAUGCUAGAUACUCUUAAUUUGUCACACAAUGAACUUAAUGGCUCCAUCCCGUCAUCAUUUCAAAAUAUGAGAAGCUUGACAACCAUUGAUCUAUCUUACAAUGAAUUGGAGGGGCCGGUACCGGAUAGUAAGGUCUUCCAAGGAGCUUCAGUCCAGCAGUUCAUGCAUAAUAAGAUGUUAUGUGGUGUGCUGAAAGGAUUGCCCCCUUGCAAUAGUGCAAUUCAGAGCAGAGGGGGUAGGGAGGGAUACAAAAUACUUGUAUUAGCCACCGUUCCUGCCCUUAUAUCUCUUGUUGUUGUUGCGGUGCUAUUGAUGUUUUGUCAUGAAAGGAAGAAACCCAAGGAAACGAACACUGAUAAAGUAACGCAAGCAAUUACCUUCUCUAUUUGGAGUGUUGAUGGGGCAAAUGUUUUCAAGCAAAUCAUUGAAGCAACCAACAAUUUUAGCGAGAUGCACUGCAUAGGAAUUGGGGGUUAUGGAUCUGUCUACAAAGCUAAACUUGCAACACGUGAAAUAUUUGCAGUGAAGAAGAUACAUAUGAUAGAAGAUGAGUGUUGCUUGAAUGAGACGGUAUUCAAUCGUGAAAUCGAGUCACUGAUGAAGAUUCGUCAUCGAAACAUCAUAAAAUUGUUUGGGUAUUGUUCGUCUAGCCAAGGUAGGUUCCUUAUCUAUGAAUACAUGGAGGGAGGAGACCUGGCAAAAACACUGAAGGACAAUAAAAGGGCAAUUGAAUUGGACUGGAGAAGGCGGAUACAUAUCAUGUUGGAUGUGGUUCAUGCAUUGGCAUACAUGCAUCAUGAUUGCUCAACACCAAUAGUCCAUCGAGAUAUAACGAGCAACAACAUUUUGCUUAAUCUAGAAUUUAGAGCAUGCAUAUCUGACUUCGGUACAGCAAAAAUUCUCAAUAUUGAUGGCCGAAAUCACACAAGGCUUGCUGGGACGAAAGGCUAUCUUGCCCCAGAGCUAGCAUAUACAGAAAAUGUGACGGAGAAAUGUGAUGUAUACAGCUUCGGAGUGCUUGUUUUGGAGCUAUUUAUGGGAUCUCAUCCAGGCGAUUUUCUCUCAUCCCUCUCGUUGGCCAACAAGAUCAAUGUUGUGUGCCUGCAGGAUUUGCUGGACCCCAGGCUUGUGAUUCCAGAUGCUGAGACUGCUAGAAGAAUAUAUUGCAUGCUUAGUGUCGCAGCUCAGUGUCUGGAGCCACGUCCAUCACACAGGCCAACAGCACGACAAGCCAGUGAUGAGCUAUCUACGACUAAAGCUUGUGGAGAUCAUGUUGAUUAUUUGCAUGCUGGUAUUACCUUUCCUGCAUUGUAGUGCCUUUAUGGCCAUGGGCGACGAAUCCGCAUCAUGCGGUUUCUUCUCUACCGACCUAUUUGUUUCAAAAAAGUGUUGUUUUCUCUGUAACUGAUAUAUAUGGAACUAGCGAACUUGUACUGAUGCACCAUUAUAAACCCCUGUGGCUUGAUUUUAACAUCAUACAAAGAGACAAUUCACUACGGCUGUCGAGCAGGUGUUCCACAAGGAGUUCAUCCGCGUGGCCGGGACAAGCUGCGUGCUGACGGUCGCGCAUUCCGACAACCUAACCUUCUGCGAUCAGGUGAGGUUGUUAAGCAGGACGGAUGUGUUCAUCUCAGCGCACGGGGCGCAGAUGUUCAUGGACCGGAAGAGCAGCAUCAUGGAGUUGUACCUGAUGGGAUGGAGGCAGUUCGUGUUCAUGGACCGGAAGAGCAGCAUCAUGGAGUUGCAACAAAGUUUGACCACAGCCAAUGAGAUCAGAGCCAUCAAAACGAGCGCAAUUGGAAUUGUGACACACAGAACGACCACAACUAUUCUCCUUGUCCUGUUUUCAUGGGAAUUGCUGGGAUGGGCGCCGAGGUUGGGAUUGCCAGGUGACGUUGACGUUGACGUCCAGUCUGAAGGCGGGCAGCGGCCCUGCCAGAUUAUUUUUAGAUGCAUCCAGCUUCUUCAGCAAUCUGAGCUCCAUUAGGCUGGAGGGCACCUGGUCUGUCAAGUUGUUGCCAUUCAACCUUAUAGCCGAGAGCAUAGUAAGAUUUCCAAGACUGCUGCUAAUACUUCCCUUGAGGCCAUAUCCCGACAGAUUUAGCUGUGAGACUCUCCCCUCAUAGCAUACCACACCAGCCCAAUUGCUGCACGCAACGGCGGAGCUAUAUACAUUUUCCUGACAACGUUAAUGCUUAUUCAAUUGUCAUAUGUUUCAUAGUUGUGCUACGAUAGAUAUCAUUUGGAGAUUUUUUAUAUCA